AUGGCAGGAGAUGAGGGAGGAGCAACUCUGGGGCAGCCACACCUCUCCCUGAGUACCUUAGAUGUAAAUAAGUUGACACCUUUGUCACCAGAAGUCAUCAGCAGGCAAACUACAAUUAAUAUAGGUACAAUUGACCAUGUAGCUUAUGGAAAGUCCACAAUAGUAAAAUCUAUUUCUGAAGGAUUCAAAAAUGAACUGGAGAGAAAUAUCACUAUCAAGCUGGGCUAUCCCAUAGCUAAGAUUUACAAACUUGAUCCAGGUUGUUCUCAACCAGAGUGUUACCAAUCCUGUGGGAGCAGUACACCUGACAAAUUCCCAACAGAUAUUUCUGGGACCAAAGGGAAUUUUAAACUAGUUAGGCAUGUCUCUUGCGUGGAUUAUCCUGGCCAUGAUAUCUUGAUGGCUACUAUGUUAAACGGAGCAGCUGUCAUGGGCACAGCUCUGCUGUUAAUAACUGGCGAUGAGUCAUGUCCUCAGCCACAGAACCAAGAACACUUAGCUGCUAUGGAUCUACAGAAUAAGAUUGAUUUGGUAAAAGAAAGCCAGGCCAAGGAGCAGUAUGAGCAAAUUCUAGCUUUUGAACACGGUACCAGUGCAGAAGGAGCUCCAAUUAUUCCAGUCUCAGCACAGCUGAAAUACAACAUUGAAGUUGUUUGCUAG